GACCACCGGAGGCGGAAAAUCUGAUACGGGCUUUUCUUCCACGUUUGACCCCAGAACUCAAAAAUGGCUGAAUGAAAUGCUUUGAAAACGUCGGGUCUCCUAAAUUGAUCAAUUUUGAACAUGUAGAAUGGUUACAUGAAAAGAUUUGAGCAUUCUUUCUGUUUGAAACCUGUUGUUGAAAUUGGAAAAAUUGCGCUAUUUUUGGUAGAAAUUGGAGUAGAAUGUAGGUGUCUACAAAUCGGUUCAUUUUUUCUUAGGCAUGUUUAGGCUUAUUAGAAUCGUCAAAAUCUUACGGAGGUACAGACGAAAUAAAAAUGUUGAUUCAUUCAACUGCGUUGCAGAAAAAGCUGUUCAAACGAAGGAAGAUUUCAUAUUUUCAUACAUUGACUCCACCAUUUUAGAACCACUGAUUGUUGUUGAUUUUCCCUCUGUCAACGGGUGGCGUCGCGACGCAGUAACCAUGGAUGCACCACAUUUGUUUUAUUUCUCGUGUGUUUAUGAUCAGAAUGUUUACCUCCAAAGUGGUUGAAAAUGAUUUUUGGAGAAGUUCUAGAUUAUGUCCGCGCCCUCCGAUAAUGGAGGUUCCAAACCCUGGAAGUUCUUGGGGAUACAAGUGUACAUGCAGGAAAUGUUUCUACAAGGUCGCAAGCGGACGAUCCUUGGACGAUGUUACUGUGGUUCCGGCGGCCUUGUGGCUGGUGACAUUGGCUUCUCAGUUCAGAUGCGGAGAGAAAAUCAUAACGAAACCUAAGACAGAAGCGGGUGAGUAGUGUCCUCAUGUGAGCCCCAUCAUCCGGCACGCCGCAGCUUUGGUGUUCCCUUAAUUCUUGUACCUGGGCGACUCAUCAGUUAGGUGUUGGGAUUUGCUCCUUGAGACAUGUGCUCAUUUUUCUCUAGAUCUUGGACGGACAGCGUGAUGCACGGUGCCGGUCGGGAGCGUAACGAUUGACAAGGCACAUGGUUCUCAUAGUAUUACAUUCCCACUUGUGCGAGUGAGUGUCGUUUGGCAUCGAAUCUAAGACCAUACAGGAGAUGUCUGUUAUUUUUUACCAGAGCGAAGAAGAACUCUCAUACAAACUUUAUAAGGAGAAACGAUGAUCAAUAAAAAAUACAUCAUGUAA